AUGGACACGCUAAGAUUGAGUGCCCCUUUAGUCGAGUUCGAAUAUAGUAAGUUAGACAAUAUGCAUUCUUCAAUUACUUUAUAUAAUGAUACUUAACAUCCAAUUGCCUAUAAGGUAUUUCUUUUCAUUAAAUUGUAAUCUUUAGUUUAAGGCUACGAAUCUCAAUAUUUUCUUAGUCAGACCACCUUUGGGAGUUGUUUAACCUAGAUAAAGUUAAUUAGUCAAUAUAACACUUCAUAGCAAAGUCCUUGAAAAUAAUUCAAUCAAAGAUUUCAAUGAAAAAUUGUAAUUGAUAACAACCAUCACACCUCAAGGAAUUCAAGAUGCUGGACCUAUAUUCUUAGAUAAAAUGAGAAGAUUUGAAAAAUAAAGAAUUAAUAUAGCUAUUCUUACCAAAGAUAGAAAGAUCGUUGCUUAAAGUUAAGGAAAUUAAAGUCAAAUGUUCUAAUCAGUUAAUAAAUAAUUUGGAUAAGUAGAACCUACACGUGUCAUUGCUAUUCCUACUGCUGAUAAGGCUAAAAUUGAAGCAGAAUACUUUUGCAAUAAAUUUGAAGUAUUAUAAUAAGAAGUCACUAAAAAAGAAUAAGAAUUAGUAAAUAUUAUCUAUAAUAUGAUAGUAAGAUGUUUAAAAGUUUAAUAAUAGUUUGUAAGAAAGAGCAAAUGUUAAACGGACAUCUGGAAAAUUGGAUAAACUCAUUUUCCUAAUUACCUUUAUUUUGUCUUUCUUAUUAAGUUUACAUUACCAAAAACAUAUUUUAUAAGUAAUCCAAUUAUGA